GAGAACUUUAAAUUGUUAUAGGUGAAUCCUACUUUUAAAUGAAAGUGUUCUAAAAUAUUUUGAAUUUUACAAAAGUUUAUACAAGUUUUAAAAUAAAAAUUUAUAUAAAUUCAAGAAAACUUUUAUUAAUUUCAUAUAUGUUUAUGAAAAUCCACGAAAUCCAACAAAAUCAUCGCUUAAAAAACAUUUAUAAAAUUUUUCAAAAGUAAAGUGCUCGCAAGCAGUGGCCUUUCCAGUUCGACCGUUCAAGGGUUGUAUCUUGAAGUCUUUGCGCAACCUCUAAUACAGAAUUUUCAAAUCUUAAUUGAGGGUUUAUUGAUAAUUAGGGUUUUAGCUUUGAGUUAAAAACUGUAAUGGAAAGCUUGGAGGAGAAGGUGGUUGCUGUGAUUAUCGUGGGUGGUCCGGCAGAAGGUACUAGAUUCAGGCCGCUUUCCUUUAAUACACCGAAACCUCUACUUCCUCUGGCUGGUCGGCCCAUGGUUCAUCACCCCAUUUCCGCUUGCAAAAAGGUGUGCUUUACUCUCUCUCUGUUUUUUUUUUUAAUUAUUUUUUCCGGGUUUGAUUGGUUAGAAAAUUUGAAAAUUUACAUUGUUUGGUAUCACUAUGAAAGAUGGUGCUUUUACAUUAAUUUUACAAAACAGAGGAUUCAGAUAACAGCAGGGAUAGUUAAUCGGAGUUUAAAAUGUUCACAUAUUUUUCUGCUGAAUUGUGAUGUCUGCUGCAAUUUUCCACUGCCAAACAUGCUGGAUGCCCAUAAAAGGUAUGGUGGGAUGGGCACACUGCUAGUUAUUAAGGUUUCUGCUGAAUCAGCCAACCAGUUUGGAGAGUUGGUUGCAGAUCCAAUUUCCAAGGAACUGUUGCACUACACCGAAAAACCUGAGACCUUUGUUAGUGAUCUGAUAAACUGUGGUGUUUACGUCUUCACUCCUAAAAUUUUUGACGCCAUCGAGGAUGUAUAUAUGCGCCAGGAAGACAGAGCUAAUGUGCAUCAUGUAACCAGUUUUGAAGCACUUCAGAUCACGGCAAGGUCUCCUCCUACAGAUUUUGUCAGAUUGGACCAAGAUAUCCUGUCACCUCUUGCUGGAAAGAAGCAAUUAUAUACAUACGAGACCAUGGACUUCUGGGAACAGAUCAAGACUCCAGGAAUCUCUAUUAAAUGUUCUGCUUUGUACCUUGCUCAAUUCCGAAUUGCCUCUCCAGAUCUCCUGGCCAAAGGAGAUGGCACAAAGAAUGCCACGGUUGUUGGCGAUGUCUGUAUUCAUCCAUCAGCAAAAGUACACCCAACCGCGAAGAUUGGACCCAACGUUUCGAUAUCAGCAAAUGUCCGUGUUGCACCUGGUGUACGACUUAUAAAUUGCAUCAUCUUAGAUGAUGUAGAAAUUGAUGAAAAUGCUGUUGUAAUGCAUUCUAUUGUGGGGUGGAAGUCAUCUAUCGGGAAAUGGUCUCGCGUUCAGGCUGAUGGGGACUACAACAAGAAGCUUGGAAUAACCAUAUUAGGGGAGGCUGUGACUGUUGAAGACGAGGUGGUUGUGAUUAACAGCAUUGUUCUUCCAAAUAAGUCACUCAACGAAAGCGUACAGGAUGAGAUCAUUCUAUGAUAUUUGUAGCAUCUAUCCUGGAGGCCUCAAUGUCAUCUAGAUAUUUGAGUUAAAAGUCAAUUCAUAUACCAUUUAUUUUCUCUAAGAUUCACAUUUCGAUACGGUUAAUUGACCUGUUAAGAAGAGGCUGCACCGUUUUAGUCAGUAAGAGCUUGUUUGCCUAAGCUUAAAAAAGUUUACUUGGCUGAGCUUAAA